GCUGGAGGGAGACAGAUCUUCCGCCGAGUUGGGCCUCUUCCUCCUCUCUGGGAAAACCAAAGUUUUGACAGGAACUAAAUUCCAAAAUGGGGAAGGUACAGGUAGCUAACUGGGAUAACCGACUCGCUCAGCGUUGGACUAAGCUCAUUGUUUACAUGUCAGCCAGGGAAGGGAUUUGAUGGUAGGCCUGCAAGCGGGGUGACCAGUGCCUGUUAUACAGGCAGUAGAGUAGGCAAGGAUGCCAGAGAUGACAGAGAACCAGACUCCUGGCCAUAAACCACGAAAGAAGAAAAACAAGGAAUCUCACAAUGCAGUUGAGAGACAGCGAAAAGAGAAGAUCAAUGCUGGAAUUAACCGUAUUGGGGACCUUCUACCAUGUUCCCAGGCACUGAAGCAGAGUAAGAACAUGAUCCUUGACCAGGCCUACCUUUACAUAAGUGAGCUGCAGAAACAAAAUGACGCCAUGCUUCUCGAAGGGGGAGAACGAGUACAAGUUGAGGAGAUCCGGCGACUGCGGCGUCAGCUGGACGAGCUGCGGAGGGAGAGCGGCCAUUACAUUGAGUUGCUCAAAGCCUACGACAUCAACUUCCUGGACGACCCCACCGUCCACUGGAAGGGAAAGCUGCGCUGUGCAAAGGUCGCCAAAGUAACGCCCACUCACCAGCUCCCCAAAGGAAUUAUUGUCUACUCCAAUGGGAAUGUGAUAUGCCCAGCAGGGAAGGAACCUAGUCCAGCUUCCGAUCUGGGGAAGCAACCAGUCAUGGCUGGGAUUGUUCAGUCGUCUUGUGACAUCACAGCAGGGGUUAGGGUGAACGUGGCCCUUCAGCACGCCAGUGUCCCUUCCUCUGCCCCUCCGCUCCUCCCUAAGGCAACCCUAGCCCCUAUAGUGUCUACACCUGGCAUGAAGCUGGUGGAACAGUGUGUAGAAGAGGUACCUUUAGCCCCCAAACUACCCCCCUCUGUGUCCUACAUCACCCUCCAGGGUAUCUGCCCACUCCCCACGGUCACUGCAGCCUUGCCCCAGCCUGCCACCCCAGCCCCUAGUCUCCCCGUUGCAGCCAGUUUGGCCACCCCACUCUCGCUCCAUCCUGUCCCCAGCUUUACAGCCCUUCCCCAGGUCAUAACCACCCAGAACGCUGCCAUCAGGACUUUGAGCUAUACGACUAUCAACAGCAGCCCAACCGUCCUCGGGGCCAGUGCAGCAGGGAGCACACAGACCACCUGGACUACCUUACAGCUGGCUGGGAACACAGUGCAACCUGUCUGCCAGGUACUCCCCACCCCAGAGACUAGCACCUCUGGGCAGCAGAGUAUCCAACAGAUUGUGGGCACUAAACUAUCAGUUCAACCCAUUCAUAUUCAAAUGAGGCCACAGGUAACCAUACAGCCCCAGGCACCCAUCACUGCCCAUAUCCAAGCCCAGCCUUCCAUCCAGAGGACACCCCAGCUACGGCCAGCUAUCCUGGCCCAGCCCCAGCCAGUCAUGGCUUCCCAGCCACACUGUACUGUCCUCCCUCAGUCAGCCAUCAUGCCCCAGCCUGCUGUGGUAGCCCACUCAACUAUGAUAUCACGACCUCAACCUGCUGUACAACAACAGGCAACAGUCCCCUCCCAUCCACAGACUGUCCUCAUGACUCAACCCCAACCAGCUAUGCUUCCUCAGGUCCAGGCUCAAGCCCACCCCCAGGCAGCUGUUAGGCCCCUCCUCCAGACCAUGCAGGUAUUGCAAAUGAACCCUACUGGGACAGCAAUUGCUGGGGUAACGACUCCCCAGAACACUAACAACCCGAGUGUUGUCAUCCUACAGCAGGCCAAUCCCUGCUCAGCCCAGUCGGUUGUCAGUGACGACUUAACCAAUCAGACGCCUUGUCAGCACAUCGUCAUCAUCCAGGCCUCCAAUCAGCCUCCACCUGCACCUCCUCAGAACCCUCAGGUUGGCAUGGUGCCCACAGCAGCACCCAAUCAGAUUGUCGCUACCAGCUCCACAACUUCCACCACUGGGCAACAGAUCGUUGGGGGUAAACAGUUGGUUCACAUUCUACCACGUCCCGUCCCUCAAACCCAGACACCCCAAGCCCCCCCGGUUCCCCCGAACCCUCAGACCAUCACUGUGAACGGGCAGGUGUUUGCCUUGCAGCCCAUGAAGACCUCUGAAAAGUCAGGCUGUAAGGGUGGCCAGAGCAGUCUCCAGCUGAUCCAGCCCAGCACCGCUGAGGAGCCCAGCACCGCUAAGGAGCCCACCACCAACAUGCACACCCUGGGAGCCCUCAGCAGCCUCAACCAGAGCAUCUCACAGGGCAUGCCGUCGUGCAUCUCCACCCAGAGUAACGUCCAGCGAACCCUAGCCUCACCAUCCUACUCUAUAGUGCCACAGCAGAAGCCAUCUUCUGUCCCCAUUUUAGCAGCUCCACACAGUUCCCCUGUCAGGCAGAUCCAGAUCCCCAGUGUGACUCCACACAGACCAGGGCUGGCGAUGGGUACAGGGAAGGCCUUGUGGAGUCAGCCUGAAACAGCCUCAGUGCCCAGACCUAAGAGGGCCAUCACCAAGAGGACCAAGUUAGUGAGUAAGAAGGAGCCCAAACAGGGACGGCCUGUCACCAUCUCAGCGAAGCCAGUGGCUUUAACAGGGGACCGUCUGGAACAAGAGGUCACUGUGCCUCAGGGAAUCCCAUCCUCUGUUGCUGUGGCAGUUCAGCCAAAGCCACUCCCUGUCAGCACUACAGCUAACACACCCACAGUUAGUAGUAGUGAGGCUUCAACACAGACCAGACCUGUUGAGAUUAGUAUCAACUCUACACUGUCCUCUCCUGAAGGUAAUAGUGUGACUACUAGUUCAUAUAGUGGACCAACUGUCUCCAGUGAAUGCACCACACAGAGUAAAACCUCUGUGACAAGUGUCACUCCGUGUACAGCAGCAGUUAGUAGUAGUAGUAUUUUUAGCUCCACACAGAGUGAACUCAUUAUCACUAGUGUUGUGAGUCUAGCUACUGUCACUUCUGCAGCAGAUAAGCCUACAGUCACUUCUACUGUUUCUUCUCAGAGUAAACAACCUGCGGUUGCCGUUAGUGACCGGUCCACUCACCUCAGACCUACAGUCACUUCUACUGUUUCUUCUCAGAGUAAACAACCUGCGGUUGCCGUUAGUGACCGGUCCACUCACCUCAGACCUACAGUCACUUCUACUGUUUCUUCUCAGAGUAAACAACCUGCGGUUGCCGUUAGUGACCGGUCCACUCACCUCAGACCUACAGUCACUUCUACUGUUUCUUCUCAGAGUAAACAACCUGCGGUUGCCGUUAGUGACCGGUCCACUCACCUCAGACCUACAGUCACUUCUACUGUUUCUUCUCAGAGUAAACAACCUGCGGUUGCCGUUAGUGACCGGUCCACUCACCUCAGACCUACAGUCACUUCUACUGUUUCUUCUCAGAGUAAACAACCUGCGGUUGCCGUUAGUGACCGGUCCACUCACCUCAGACCUACAGUCACUUCUACUGUUUCUUCUCAGAGUAAACAACCUGCGGUCGCCGUUAGUGACAGGUCCACUCACCUCAGACCUACAGUCACACAGAACAGACAGCCGGUCACUACUACUAUCAGCACUGUGCAAACUAGAUCAGCUAUCACUAAUGGCAGUUCUAGACAGAGCAGAUCUACCGGUGCCUGUUCCACAGAGACUAGAUCUAGGUCUACUGGUGUGAUGUCUUCAGCAGCAUGUCAACCCUCAGUCAGCACUGUAAACUCAAUAGGAAAUAGACCAGUGGUGUCUCUCCAGUCUGCUCAGCUCACUUCGUCAUCACAGGGUCAGACCAAGCCAGCCAAUAGCCAGGAGUCUCAGCCUACAACCCAGACCCAGUCCCAGCCCGUUGCUUCUCCUUCGGGCCCCUCCACUCCAACCCCCUGUUCUGGCACCCUGUCUUUUGCCUCACCCUCUGUAACAGUCCCCAUGACCAUGCCAUCAGAAUACAGGAAAUGGGUCCCCUAUAACAGACCCUCCACCCAGCAAAUGACCAUGCCCACUUCCACACCAUCCCAUCCUGCUGAGCUCAAAGUGACAGCAGUGUCAGGCAGGGAGAAGGAACCUCAGGCAGAGGGCCACCCCAGCGCAGCGAUGGAGAAAGCGAGCGUGAGGAGUGAUGCUGCUCCCUCUAGAAUGAACUACACUCUCCCACAGCAGGUGUACGUGCUAGACCACGAACCCUUGGAUCAGCCUCCGGCUCCUAACAGACAGACUGACUCGCUCAUGUCUGGUGGCGCAGGUGGUGGAAGGGGCUUCUCUGUGGCGUCUAUGCUUCCCACAGGUCACAGUGUCAGUUCCUCGCCAGGUCAUUUUGGAUCGUUUACUUUUGCCAGCGAGCAGACUGAUAUCCUGGCUAUGUUGGAGCAGGACAGUCCUGGGAGGAGGGUGGGGGGCUGCACCCUGGACAACUCCACCUCAACAAACACCCCAACACCUGCAUGGGAACCCAAUUCCAAGUCCCAGCAAGCCUCCAACAGCAAAGAGAGGAGUGCUGGACACCAGACAAAGCUCACCAAACAGAUGGAGACUCCAGUGGCUAAACAGGUGUCUGUUAGGGUCCAGGCUGGAGAUCAGACAUCCGCAGUCAGACAUCCACAGAACAUCUCCUUCUCCCAGUCCCACUCUCACCCCCAGAGCCAGGCCCAGUCUGGUACUUCUGGCACCCUCAGCGUCAACAACCUGAUCCGGCCCAGCUCCAGCCAGCAGCAGGCCUACCCAGGCUCCCUCAGUCUGGCUGGGCAGCUGGGCUCAGUCCCAUCCCCUGCAGGGAACUCAGCCCAUGUUUCCCAAACCUCCACCCCUGUCCUUCCUCCCUUCUCAGGCUCAGUCCAGCUGAACGAGUACGCCCCCCUGAUGAGGCCCCAGGUGGGGGUGGGUGAGCCGCGAUACAUCAAAGACUUGUCCAAGAGGCCAGCCCAGGAUGAUGUGAUAAUGUCCAGCAGUAACAAGCGACAGAAGACCUGCUCGUCGGCCUCUAACGUGGGCCGCAUGGAGGUCAAACCCCUGGACCACAGCCAGAUGAUGGUACCCCAGCUACCCCCUACCACCUCAUCCAUCAUGACCAGGAUCAACCCAGACGGAGUGGGUGCCCUGUUCUCAGGCAACACCUUCAUGAGUACAAUGCUCCGACCCACCGAGAGCCACUGCACCCCCCAGCUGCCCACACAGGAACACAACCAACCAGGUGUGCUCCACCUGCCCCAUGGCCACCCCCAGCAUGGUGCACCCCAGCCAGGCCAACACCUCGGGGGCAACCCCUACCUGAAGCAGCAGCAGCAACAACAACAACAACAACAACAGGAGCACCAGGGGCACCACCUGUACCAGCUCCAGCAUCACCUGACCCAGCCUGACCCUGCACACCUCCACAGCCUCCAACAGAGGGCGCUUCAGCAGGUCCAGAAGAAGCGGGGGCUGGUUGGAGGGGGUCAGAAACAACACCACCAGGAGAAGGGAGGAGUUCAGCAGCACCAGCAUCAACAGUCACAACAAUCACAUCUACAACAACCUCAAACACACCAGCAGCACCAGCAACAGUCGCAGCAGCAGCAGCACCAGCAACAGUCACAACAACAGCACCAACAGCAAACACAACAACAGCACCAACCACAAGCCCUGUCACAGCAGCAACAUCUGCAACAACACCCUCAACAGCAGCACCAGCAGCAGAGCUCCCACUCCAGACACCAGCACCUCCAGCAGCAACAGAUCCAGCACUUUGGGUCGCAGCACCAGGAGAAGAGCUGUGAGGCCCAGCCAGGACCAGCGGGACCCAGAGGUCACCACAGCAGCCACCUGGCCCAGGAACACCUCAAGUCUGAUCAGGACCACAGCACCAUGCAGAUGCUGAUGAGCUCUAGAAACCUAGAGCAGCACCUGACCUCCCAGCCCAGCAACCCUGCCUCCCAGCCCUCCGACCUGGGCUGUGCUCCCCCGCGCCAGGAUCACCACCGCGUCUCCAGCUACUCUGCAGAGGCCCUCAUUGGGAAGGGCUCGUCUAGUGAUGAGCAGCAGCGCAUGGUGCUCCAUCUGCAGGCCACCCGCGGUACUACACAGGAACAGCCAGACCUACGGGGAUACCUGGACACACCCAGAGUGAAGGGCAAUGUCACACACAACCCUCAGAGCCGGCUGCCCCCAGACCACCCAGGUUCUGCAGACGUCCAGAGGGUCUCUGAGUGUCCUCCGUUUAAAACAAUGGCCGGUGCUGAAGGGGGGCGUCAGCUGGGGGGCUUUGAGGACAUGACACCUAAAUCAGGUCCCUCCUCUCAGAGAGGCCAGCAGGGGGGUUUCAGGAUGAACCCGGGGCCUCCAGGGGAUGGGCGAACCCGUGGGGGGUACAGUGGACCCCAUCCUGGGACGCAGGGGGUGCAGAUUGUUGCUCCAGGUCUUACCCGGGACCAGGAGGGGUGUCAUCAGAGUUUUAUGCAGAGUCUCCUGGAGCAGACCGACCACCAGAGGGCAGUCCAGUGCUGUCCUCCAGUCAGUAUGGAGUACGGCUGUGUGCCUGGCAGCUCUGCAGGGGACAUGCAGGCUAAAGCAUCCAGCCCCAGUGUUCCUCCCACUCAGAAGGCCUCAGCUAUGAGGCUUGGGGAGGGCAACAAGGGCCACAUUCCUCAUGGUAGUGGGAACAUGGGCACCCACCCAGGGGUACGGACAGGCCUCCCCCACCCCCUUACCCCCCACAACAGCUCUGAGCCAGGCCGCACCACAGCCUCCUCCAGACCGCCCACCGCAGUCAGCCAGCGCUCCCGCCACAUCACCCAGGAGGCCCAGAGCGGGAAGCUGAGGCCUGGAGAGCGACCACGGUCAGGCAGCCUGAGACCUGGGAACCCCUUUGAGCCUGACGUCCACCUGCUGGGUCGACCACAGUCGGGGAGUGAGGCGCGGCGCAGCAGUAUCGUUCGCUUUAUGGCAGACAGUUCCCAGGCCUCCGGGGACAACAACCUGGUGCCUGACCAACACCUGGCCCAGAACUUUGGCUUCUCCUUCAUGCCGGAUGGAGGACUGAACCUCCCUCCUAUCAACGCCAAUUCUACUUUCAUCCCCCCUGUUAGCCAGACCAACUCCUCCCGCCCCUCGUCCCUGCUCCCCGUAGAGCCGCAGAACACCUUACCCUCCUUCUAUCCCUCCUACCCCCCUGCCACCCACCCCAGCCUGACCAGCGACAUCCCCAUUCAGUACUUCUCCAACCAGAUGUUCACUAGCCCCGGCGCCGACAAGAGCAGUUCUGCCCCCCUCAACAACCGCUUCGGCUCCAUCCUGUCUCCCCCGCGCUCCGUAGGGUUCGCCCAGGCCAGCUUCCCCCUACUCUCAGACAUGCCCCCUAUGCCCAUCAGCAACUCCUCUGGCAUCACCCCACACCUGUCCAACUUCAGUCUCACUUCGCUGUUCCCUGAGAUCGCCACGGCGAUGCAGCCUGAUGGUUCUGCCAUGCCAAUGUCCCCUUUGCUGUCGCUCUCCAACAAUUCCUCUGCAGACUCAGGCAAGCAGCCCAACCGCCUCGCCCACAACAUCAGCCAUAUCCUGGGGCAUGAUGGGAGCUCUGCCGUGUAGGUGAGGGGACUUAAGGUGUUGUCGUGCCAACGUGGCAGUCAGGAAUGUUCUGAUUCCAUUUCAGAUGAAACAUUUAUUGAGUUGUAUUACGUGGAGUAAUGCCAUGGCCAAUUGAAUUGACAGGAUUCCAACUGUUCUGUUUGGAUUAAAGUGGGUGGAAGGGCUGGUGAUCUUUUCUGUUGGUCAGCUGAAUGUUUUUUUAAUCAUAUUAUUAUUUAUGGUUAGUGUUAUACUUUAACUUCCUGGCAGUUCUAUCGAUACCCUAACAUGGCAGUGGUUGCCCUAGUUACUGAAGUCAUAGCGUUUCACUGAUCAGGCACUCCUAUGGCUCUAGGAUGGGGGAAAUGAAGCUCCUAAACCAUAUGGUUUGCAAAUAGGUCUGACGUGACGACUUAUCUGCUAGUAAAAUUAUAUGAAGAGUUUUGUAAUUUCAUUGACUAACUUCUAAAAGAGGAUCCAUUUGAAAAACAUGUGCACAAAAUUCUCAAACUUAAAUGUACUAACUUAAAAUCAGGGUGUACAGUACAGAAUAUAUGAGAUGUUUUGUAAAUAAGUUUCUUAUGAUAAUUGUUAGUUUGAUAUGUGUGUAUCUGUAAAUAAAUCAAGUUGAUUAACA